UUCCAUGAUGGAGGUCUUAUCCGCGUGGUUCUGAUUCAGAAAUAUUCCCSUUUUUGAAGGUUCUAAACGGCUUAUUUCACCGUUAUAGUACAAAAAUGAGGACUUAAAAACGUUUAACAAUAACAAAAACUACCAAGGCUACGAGAGCCGAAGUUAGAAUGCCCACUCCAACGGUGCAAAAGAGAAAGAAAAAAMCCGGUCCUCCUGUUGGAACUACUUCUAUUUCAAAUGGCAAUGGAGGGAAUUUUACCGAGUCUGCUAUGGACGAAUUCCUAGCAAAGCAGGGCUUAUAUCGUAAACCGAUAGCCAAGGAUGGUUCUUGUCUCUUUAGAGCAGUAUCUGAACAGGUCCACAACUGUCAAGCCAGGCAUCUUGAUGUUAGAAAUCAGUGCAUUGAGUUUAUGCGUAAGAAUAGAAUGCAAUUUGAAGAGUUUGUAGAAGGUCCCUUUGAUCAUCACCUAUACAAGUUAAAGAAUCCAAAGGAAUGGGCAGGCCAAGUUGAGAUCACAGCUUUAUCAAAAAUGUUCAGGAAGGACUUUGUGGUAUACCAGGACAUUAAUGCACCUCCAACCAAAGUGACUGACCAUGGGUAUAAAGACAAGAUCUUGCUGUGUUACUCCAAUGGUAAUCACUAUGACAUUAUCUAUAACAACCAUUAUCAGGAGCAUGCCGCCAUGUGUCAGUCUUUGCUGUUUGAGAUGCUAUACAACAAAGUGUUUGCAACGCUUGACAAGAAAGAGUCUCCAAAGAAAGGAAAACCUAGAGUCAGUAACAGUCAAGAUAACCGCAAAAACAUCAUGGACUUGGUGAAUGGAAAUAUGAUAGAAGAUAACRCUGGAGAUGAUGAAGGCUGGACUGGAGAUGACGAUGGUUGGACUGAAGUCAAGAGUAAAGCUAGAGUUAAACAUGAAAGGCAUUCAAAGUGUAAUGAAGUAGAGGAAGAAAAAGAGCCAGAAGAAAYUAAAAACAAAGGAAACAACRACCAGAAAAAUCUAUGGGAGUUGAAGCGUUCUGUUGACCCUCACCUAUACAGGAACAUCCCAUUGGAAGUUUGGGAGGAGGACAAACAUGUCUUGCAGCAAAAGGAUAUGGCUGUGGCAGUAUCAUUGCAGUUUAAGAAAGACGAACGUUGUUGUGUCAAGCUUGGUCCACCCAUUGUAGGCAAUGAAAAGGUUUUUAAUGCCAUUAUCAAGGAGGACUACACAGGGUCUGGAAGUAUUCUGGUUUAUGUACCAGACCUUGGCAAAAGGCAUACUGUUCCUAUUCAGACUGUCAGUAGUCAACAAAGCCCAGGUUAUAAAGAGUUAAGUGGACAUUAYCAAAAGGAUUUUAAUGCCAAUGGUCCAGCUACUGAAGAAGGUGGUAAAGAUGACAGCAAGUUUAAAAAGAAACGGCCCCCUAGAAAUCGCCGGGGACCAGGAAAGGGUGGAGAUGAAGCUGGAAGUGUUAACGAGGAUGUGCAGCCAAGGGGUAGAGGAAAGCCAAGAGAAAGGAACAGACAUCGCUUUGCUGGACGUAAAGAUGACAGAAACAUGAAAGAUAUGAAAGAAGAAGAAGCAAGAUUUAUGGAAGAGCAAAUCAAGUUAGUUGAACUCCAAGAAAAGGACACCACGGCCUUUCCUGCACUGCCUUCUUCUGGUCAGACAACUUCUCCUGUCGUGAGUCCAGACAAAAAAACCGAAAUAACCAUUUCACCAAUAAAAGAAACUAAAGUACCAGACACUGAAAAAARUCCCUCKCCAGUCAAAGAAAGCACUCCUGCAAAUUUUUGGAGUAAUUUCAACAAGAAGUCACCAAAACAACCCACUGAAGAAACUAAAUCAGUACAAAGCGUCCCUGUCRCCAARCARCAAGAACCAGAGCACACAGACAUGAUAAAUCCUAAUUUAGAAACAGAAGUCCAACAAGGCGAAGAAAACCAAAUUAUACCAGAAUCAUUCAAUAAAAAAGAAAUUAUCCAAGACAAAGAAAUAGAGGACAAUGAGCAUUUGAUUUUCCCUCMAGAAGAAACUUCACACUUUAAAAAACCACUGCAAAUCAAACCUAUCAUGGAUGACUCUCAUCAUGGCAGAACUGGGCCCGUGUUUGAAGUAAAAAUUCCAGAUCAAGAUCUUAUAAAACCAGUGAAAUUAACCCCUGAAAAUCUUAUAGCACAUACCGAAGAAGAGUGUACUAAAUAUUCAAAGCAUAUUGAAGAGGAAAGAAUAGAGGAGCCUAUUGAAGAUGGCCAAGCUGAKGAGAAUAGAGAUGAAGAUGUUGAAGAGCAAGAAGAAAUCCUUCCUGAAAGUCAUAGUAAUGUAGAACUAGCAGUCCAGGAAGCAGCCACAGCUCUUGARGGGUCUGAAAURCARCAGCCAAACAACUUUUCACCUGAAAAACCAUUUCUUCAAGAGCAACCAGAUUUCUCUCAGGAUGAGCAGUCUUUGAAGGGAUCCAAACAACGAGACAAUGCUUUAACACCUGAAAGAAAGACUGUAACUUUUGCUGAAGAAACAAAAGAGAUACCUGAUGUGCCUUAUGGUCAGUCUCAAAAGGGCAUCCUGUUUGUGAAUGGAAACAGAGCAGAACAAGGAUACAAGGCAGUUCCUACAGAUGACUAUUCGUCACUCUCUAAGGAUAACUCCAAACAAGAUUACAUGAUGGUUCAAGAAAACCCAGAUAAAGACCACCAAAUGUUCCCAUCAGGCAUUGCAAAUGAUGGCAUGCAAUCGUCAUCACCCAUAACACAACAACAGUUGAAUCCGUAUGGUUUCUUUCUUCCUCCUAACCUACCUCAGAAUGUACAACUACCUGCUAGACCAUCUAUGGAUCCUAAUGGCUCAGACCUGCCACAAGACAUUCCUACUCUGAGGUAUUUUUUCAAUCUUGGCUACCAAUAUUACUGCCAGAUGGUUACAGCCAAUCAAAUGGCCAAUCAGCAGCUGCCAUUAAUGUACAUGUAUCAGCCUGGUUCAUUACAGGAUCAAAUGAUGCAGCAAGCAGCUCAACCUGUGGUCUCUGUACCGCAACAACAGCUUUAUGGAGGCUUACAGCACCAACAUGCUGCCUUUCAAGCUCAUGGGAUGCAGAACUAUUUUCAUCACAUGACCCCUCCAACAAGCCAAGAAAAUGUUUCRCAGCUGGACCGUAGCGCUGACCGCAGUGCACAGCAGCAACAGCAAGUCCAACCCCAGUCGCAAAUCCAGAUGCCGCAUCAACAGCAAUCAGGGCRCUUUCAACAACAACAGGGUCAAAUGCAGUGGCGAAAUAACCCAGGCGGGAGCAGCAGACAUAUGAAAUUCCAACACCAUAACAUGGGCGCCCAGUCCCACAGGCCUACAAACUGGCAGCAGGGGACUGGUAACCAGCGUCAGCAACACAACAGCAACAAGCAAAACAGAAAGACACAGUCAGGAAAGGCUCGCAAUGAUCACUAUUCCCAGCAUUUCAGCAACCCGCCCCAUGCUCAAAGCAUGUCUCAUAAUGCUGCUGUGAAUUCAUCGUAUUACUCUGUACCAGGUGAACAUCAGACAAAGGCACAUAGUGCAGGAGAGAUGUAUCAUAUGUAUUCCCCUUAUACUACCGUACAACCCGUCAUGCCCCACCCCACCGGCCCUAGGGGGAAUAACUACUAGUCAAUAUCGAGAAAGAAUAAUUAUAAAAUCACUAUUUUUAGUUGGAAAAUAUCUUCUUUUUUCAUGUAAGGAGCCUUCGGCCAUCUUGUCCCUUUGUUUCCUAGGCUCUGAAAGGAGCGAACAAUUCUCUAUGUAAUUUAUGUACAAAACGUCCAGGAAAACACGUUUUGAUUACAGAGUUUCUUAGUGCAUUCUUUAUGUCCGUGAAACACUUCGUAUGAAAUUGCCCAAAUUAAACCGUAGGAGAAAAGGGUUUUGGCACUGAUUUGCACAAUUUGUCAGCAAACCUUUUGACGAAUACAACGAAUGCUCUAUAACAACCUUGCUUUGAUUUCUGUUCCUCUGGCAACUGUUUUCCAUAACAAACAGUUUAAAAAAUACUUAGUUACAUCAGUGUUUGUUGUGCAUUUUUGUAAGUUUAUUUUUCCUUAAAAUAACAAAAAAAUAUAUUAUAUAUAAGGCAUUACUGCCUUGAUUUGAGCAAGAGAUUUUCGGACAUAGCUAGCUGGAUUCAAUGUUAGUAAAAGUGUUUCAUUGAAAGUUUCUUUAUAUUUUAGGUAUAAAUAGACUAGUUUUGUCACAGAAUAACUAUGUUGAUUGACUUUUCAACACGUACYUCUAGCAAGAUUCUGGUAUAUUUUGAAAUAUCAGCCCAAAAUUCAAUUUUGAUGCGUGUAAACUUCCACAACAGGGUCUUUCAAUAUUGCAUUCUUCAUGCUGCCUAGUAAACAUAGAAUUAUUUCAUUUUUUCAAUUUUCAUUGAUAAAACUAUUAAGUCUUGAAGAGAAGAUUGUUGUAACCUAUGUGAAGAAGCGUACUUUUUCGUGUGAACUUAUCUUAUCAAUUGUCAUCAUCUUUUAAUGUGCUCUCAGGUGAAAACCAUUGAAUAUUUUCCUUACUCCGACCACUCGACUCGGUUUCAAUAUCUCGCGACGACUUUAUUUAGUAAGGGAGGGGAGGGUAAUAUGUAUUAGUUGUAAAUGUUUUUGUUCCUAGCGGUUUUUAUACACCUAUGAAAUAAAGACUUUUAUUUUGGAUGGUAAUGGUAAACCUGUGAAAUCAUAAGUGCAUCCAAGUGAAAUCASUUACACUCAACCCGUGAAACAGGAAGUUAGUACCUUAUUUUUGGAGUUGGUUUUCUAUAUUUCAGAAAGAAUAUUACACAGUUGCAAUUAGUGUUUCACGGGUUUAGUGUUAAGUUAAUGCUCUUAUUGUUCUAACCUUUAACAGUGCACUUUGUUUCACGGAUUUUCCAAAUUCACUUGUAGAAAUUAUUUUAUGUUUAUAGUAAAGUACAAACACUAAAAUCGUGAAAAACCAAAUAGUGCGAGAUAGCAUAGUAUAGUGUAGACGAUGGGAAAUAAAGGAAUUAGCAUAAUAUUCAGUACAGUUCAGCUGUAAUUAGUAAAGUAUUUCAUGGUUUUAAUGUUUGCGCUCUAACCGCUAAAAUCUAACUGUUAGUCGACAUUUUUGUUUGUAGAGUGAAGUCAUUAGAGCCGUUAAGCAAAUUUGACUAUUAAARUGUGAUAGUCGAUUACUGACACAUAUAGUCCCCGGCAGUUCGAGGACGAUUAUGGAGUUUUGAGGAAAAUCCAGUUUCCAAGGCCAACUGUCACAUCAAAAUUACUAAGAUUUAAGUAUUCUCUUAUUAUUUGUAAAGCUUUUUGACUUCACUCUGAUACGUUUUGUAUCAUUGUCCAAAAUACGAUAGCACUUUACCCAUGUUCGAAGUAAAACUCCACAGUGAUAUACGGUGGGUGGAGACUUGGCUUACUAUCUAGAUGAACAUGGAUUAAGUGCUUUAAUAGCAGUUCUUAUAAACUCGUGAAAUGCAAGUGAGCUCAUUUGGUACAUCAAAUGGGAUAAGGUAGUUUCAUUUGAAGUUUACGAAUGAAUAAGCAGAUGAUUAUUCUAAAAUGGGCGGUCAUCCAAUUUGAUUUCAUCCACUGAGCCAUAGUUCUCUUGACRCUGAUCAGGAUAGUUAAGGGUUCUGGUUACGAGCCCACAUUCGAUUUUUUUUACAAAAGUCGAAAAACAAGCAUUAAAGACGACAGGAAACAAUAGAUAAUUAUUUUGUUUCACAGGUGCUUCGUCUUCAAUUCUUUUGUGCUCGCCCAUUCGACCGAAAUUUUGAAAAAAGCCUAUGCCCAUUCGACCGAAAUUUUGAAAAUGGCCCAUUCAACAUGGCGGCCAUUAGUAUGUGAAACUGCUGUACACUUUAUUUCACAGGCUCAUAAGACUGGCUAAUGUAGAUCAUAAUAUAGGGUUAUUUCCCACUACAUUAAUUUGGACAUUAACUGUAUAGAUUAAUAUGUAGAUGUAGCUAAUGUAAGAAUAUGUUUGUACUGUGUUGUUUUGUGAAUUAUAGAAGUAAAUUAGUUGUUUAAAAGAAUCAAGAGAAUAUAGAAUACAAACGACUGGACUUUUUA